AUGGACGCCGGUGAGCACAAAUCACCGCCCUCAGCGCCCCCGCUUCCUCCUGCUCCUCACACCAUCACAGCCAAGAGUAAACAAGCGGUUGAAACUCCUGCAUAUCAUCAUAGCCUUACACCGAUGCCAGCAGAUGGCAAUCCCAGUUGGUGCAUAGGAAAGGCACUGGUGGAAGAGCCUUACAAACCAAAAUACUACUUCUUCUAUGGCACCCUCACCCAACCCGAUAUUCUCAAGCACAUCCUCGACCUCCAGGAAGAGCCCGUUCUGCGGCCAGCAAAGAUCACCGGCUACGCACUCACAGACUGGGGCCAGUACCGCAUGCUAGUGGACGGAAAGCCCGGCCAGGAAGUGACGGGCCACGCCUACGUCGCCCAGUCGCCCGAGGACGAGCGCAAGCUCGCGCGUUACGAGCCCAGUGCCUACGAGGUGGCUCCAUGCCAGAUGCAAUUCGCGGACGGCCGAGAACCAGCACACGGGGAUGGCAUGACGUUCAAGUACGCCGGCGACGACGAGGCUCUCAUGGCCGGGGGGUUCGAUCAGAAGUUGUGGGAGUUGCAAAUGGGCACGCGGUUGCCGGAGAAGUGGAGGACUCGCUACGCAUUCUCGCAUGUUCAUGUCAUGCCCAUCCGCUACUGCGACUCAAGGCACAUAUGA